AUGUCUAAACCAAGUUUGGCCGUACCGACGUCGUUUCAAGUUUCCAAUGGUGGUCAAGUUUCCAAUGGUGGUAACCAAAACGGAGAGAAGAAAGUUGGUUACAUCAACUAUGAACUAGAGCCUGGUUUCACCGUUCGACUACGUCAGGAUAUUGACCCUGCCACCAUAGACCCUAUGAUACUCAAACAAAUCAUUUCGAACCGUGUUUCGGCUCAAAAAUCAAAGUUGAAGAAGCAUCAAUAUGUUGAAAGUCUAAAGAAGAAAACCAUGGAGCUCCAAAUGCAGGCGAAUGUGAAACGUUCCCAACUAGAAAUGCUGCGUGGUGAGUAUCAAUGUCUAGUAAUUGAGCAUAUGGAGGUAGAGGAGCGUGUCUUUGCUACGUUUCAACGUUUUAACUCCGCUAAAGCUGAGUUUGAGGCGGCUAUUGCGGAGAUAAAGAGGCUGGAAAAGAAAAGGGCUGAUUUGGUCUGA